AUAUUGACAUUGACACUAUCAUAAACAAAACAAACAUGGAGAGAUCAUAGCUCCAUUUUUUUACAAAAAUCAAUAAUAUAUACACUACUUUUGAUAUUGUUUAGAGUAACUUUCAAUAAAAAAUAGAACAAUGGCUAACGACAGUCAGAUUAGGUCCACGAUGUCGAUGUCUUCGAAGUCGGAGGGCAGCCUGACGGCGGUGACGCGCGCCGGCCCGGGCUGGCGCAACGUGGCGCUGCACGACCGCUGCAGCAUGGAGGACAUGCUGAAGCUCAAGGAAGCCUUCCAACAGGCCUUCAAUAACAAGCUUAUGGCCAACGAGUUCAGAAACCUUCUUAAGACUUUGUUGAAUGUGGAGUACGACGAUGAUCAAUUUAAGAUUCUCUUUUUAAAGAUGAACACAAGUCGAACAGGCGAGGUAGACUGGGACGAGCUGGUGUCGCACCUGAUCCUGGGCUACUUCGGCAACGAUGCGGAGAACCAGCGGGAGUCGCUGCAGCCUCCUAUCAUGGGCUUGCCGACUAUCUUGCGCUCACAGCACAGGCACCCCAUUUCCCGGAUAUGUUUCUGCCCUGAUGUUGAAAAAGACCGCAGCACGGACCCGAUGCAAGGUUCGUACAUAACGGCCAGUCGCGACGGCAUGAUCAACUGGUGGUCGCUCGACAUGAAUCUAUUGCGGACUGCUUACUCUUCCAACCCGUAUCUGAAGGUGCGCACGACGUGGGUGACGGACAUGGUGUGCAUGCCCGACGUGAACAUCAUCGUCACCAGCUCCACGGAGCGCGACCUGCGCUUCUACGACUGCACCGCCAAAACCUUCACCCUGAAAAUUGUCAUCACUAGCUGGGAGUAUAUGAUCUGUACGAUGUUCUAUCACUUCAGUCAGGAUUGUGACGAAAAAUGUAUGUUGAUUUGUGGUGACGUGGGCGGCAACGUGCGAGUGCUCCUGUUCUCCCCAAUCCAGCGCGGACCCUUCAAAAAUGAGGCUGGACGGGCGCUGAAGAUAUUCCGUCAUGUAGAUCUGCAGAGACAGCCCCAAAUUUUGCCAGAAAUGCGCUUAGUAGAGCUUAAUCGCUUGCACGCGGAGUGGGUGCGUCAGGUUUCGUACUACAAGUCGCUGCACUGCGUGGUGUCGUGCGCCACGUGCCCCGACGCGCUGCUCAUGUGCGACAUACACGGCUCCAAGACGCACAACAUGUUCAAAGUUGAAAAGGGGAUUCAAUGUUUUGAAUUUGAUGAGGAGGCACACAUAUUGGUAACGGGAGGUCCAGAUAGCGUGGUCCGUGUGUGGAACCCGUUCGUGCCAGCUAAACCUAGCGUGACCUUUAUCGGGCAUCACGCAGCAGUCACCUGUGUCGUGCUGCAGAACAAGGGACAAACUAUAUACUCCUUGUCCAGAGACAGAACAAUUAAGGUGUGGGAUGUCCAGGGCCAAGUUUGUAUUCAGACCUACAUCGACAUUCCGGCAGUAGUUGGUGAGAGAACCCCAAUUUCCGCGGUGUACAACUCAGCCACCCGCGAGUUCAUCCUCGCUGCCAUUAAGAUAGCCAUCGUGGUGCUGGACGAGCAGCUCAACCCGCUGCACACGGACGGGUUCACGCACUCCCGAGCUGUGUCCAAGGUCCUCUACAAUCCGCUGUUUAAGGUUAUCCUCACAUGUGGCAUGGAUAGCAUUAUCAUGAACUGGAACCCUGUUACUGGUAAACGCAACGUUUUGAUCCGUGAUGCGCACACGCGACUUUUGCAUGGUGAGCUGAUCCCGGUGGAAAUCACUGCGGCCUGCUUCGACCCCGGCUACCAGUUGCUACUCACAGGAGCCAGGAACGGCGAACUCAAGGUGUGGAACUUCAACACGGGCUUGUGCUUGAGAACUAUGAGUAUCGCGCACAUGUGCGAAGUUACCGCCUGCUUCUGGGUGGAGGGCAGGAUCCUAGCAGUAGGUUGGAACCGCCACGUGGUUGAGUUCGAAGACUCCGGCAUGGCGAUGCAUGGCAAGAGCUGGGAGAUACGUCACACAGACGACGUGCUGGCGGCGGCGGUGCGGCCCCCGCUCACCAUCGCCACGGCCAGCUACAACUCCGAGCUCGUGCUGUGGAAGCUGGAGACCGGCCAGCCUUACAGACGGUUCUCGUGCACGGAGCCUACGCUUCGCAUCAAAAUGCACUUCCACAAGCGCGAGUCUCUCAAGCCGACCUCGAGUACUCCUGACAGGAUGGCUGAUCUUAAGGGAAAAAGACUUUCCGUCAUUAGAAAACCUGGAAUGGGAACCUCUCGCGAGAGCGUGGACCCAUCGGCGGCGAUCAAGAAGGCGACGGCGCGGCGCGUGUCUACCGUGUCGAUGCCGACGCGCGCGCAGAACAUGCGGCACCUAGCCGUGCACGCCAUGAUCUUCCUGCACACGCGGCCGCAGCAAAUGCACGUCGCUUCCCUCCUACUCGCGCUGGAGAACGGCACAGUGCAAUGCUGGUCAGACCACUCGGCGGGUGGAUACCAAGGCGCUUUCCAGGCCAUCCACAUGGCAGGCGACCACGUAGCAACCAUGACCACGGACAUCAACAACGAGUUCCUCUUCACUGCUACCACACAGGGAUAUGUUAAAGUGUGGCUCCUGAGUAACUACCUCUCAAACACGACGACGCAUAUAAACAUGCCCCGGCUGCGCCUGUUGUUCCCGUUCCUGUGGCGUGACCGCAUCGAGGGUCGCGCCAAGCGCAGCACUCGCGACCAGCCGAAGCCACUCUUACUGAACAGCUACCGUGCACAUCUGCGCUCUGUCACCAGCAUAGCUUAUAUCGACGAGAUGAAACUUGUAUUUACUGGCAGUUCAGACUACAGCGUUCGAGUGUGGCGUCUGACCGGUGAAUACCUGCAGACGCUGGGAAGCUUCCUGCCGUGGACUCUAGAGGCGACUCGCUUCCCCCCGGACGUGCAGAAAGUCGCCAGCUUCACGACGUUCAAGGUGUGGCGCGGCGGGUACGUGUCGCGCUACGUGCCGGGGCAGAAGGAGGUGGACAAGCUGCGCGACAUCACCGACCACGAGCUCAAGCACAAGACGUACGGCGCCUCGCCUGCAGAGCCUCUGCUCGGACGAUACUUCACGCUGCCAGCGCGUCCAGAGCGGCAAGAACCAAUAGUCCUCGAUAACUCCCUGCCCGUGAUCCCGCUGUACGCACACCUGCGCAUGGCGUCGACGCUGCCGGUGCGGCGGCCGCCCACUCCCGAGCUGGUGCGCGAGACGCGGCUCAAACGCGGCAGGGUUAAGAAGAUACACUACGGCGGUGCACAAGACCAGUCCAUAGACCCGACGCAGGCGCCGACAGCGCCACAGACAGUGCCCGUUCCUGACCCAGUCUCAACCAGAACAUCUAACACAUAAAGCGCUAUGAUUCGGAUUCACCUAUAAGUUGUAAAGAUCCUUAUUUGUAGGUAAUGAAUAACGGGUAGCAGCACUUGCAUAAUCUCUUGGAUAUCGACCGGUUAAUUAGGUGUUGGUGUGAAACCGCGAUCAGAUUUUUAUUUUUAUUAUUUAUCUCGUUUAGUAUUUACUUACAAAGGUUUAGUAUAAAUUUAUUUAUUAUUAAGUUGUUAUUUGUGCACAUAAUUAUAAUUUUGAUUUGAAUUAUUUUAGAAUAAUUAUUUAAUUUAAAGUGUCACAUGUAGCAUGCACUUGUAAAGUAACAUUACGAAUAUGCUCGACAACUCUCAUGACAUCCGAGAGGGAGGCAGGUAGUAGGUACCUGUGACUUGAUUCUGCUAAUUCUACUUGAUAAGCGACAUACUUUCAAUUACGAUUGAAGUAUGUCGUGCUGCGGCGCGGCGCCGUGCCGUGGCCCGGAGACGUCGUGACGUUGUACGGUGACGGCGCCGCGCCGUGCAUGAUGGGGACGCGGCCUUAGUAGCAGAAUGCCCGCUAAGGUUAAAACUGCUAUUGAUUGAGAUUCAGUGUUAUCGAAUUUUCACAUUAUUAACUUAGCAGAGUCGAGCCCGUUCUAAUGCAGUGGUUAAAAAUAAAGCUUUAAUGUUACCUACGUUACGCUGAGGCAC